AGACGUCAGAGUCUGCAGAAGGGAAGGCGAGGAAACUAAAACGUGUUUGUCCGGAUUAGUGAACAGUUCAGUUCUGAACCUUCACCAUGAAUGGUCAGAACGGAAGCGUUCCCAAAGUUAUCUUGUCCAAUGGAUCCACUGGUUGUCCCGCUGGUUAUGGACAAUCUCCGAGUACUCAUCACUCAGCAUUGGACAAGAUCCGGGCCAGUCGCUCUCGCACCACAUCUGUGAAUCCCACGGAUGUCGAGCAAGAUGGGGUCAACAUGUUGGCGGAUGCUGGAGGACUCAGCUACACCAACUACCUUCAAUUGGAUAAGAUACUCGACGCUCAAGAGCUCCAAUCCGAGAUCAUGGGGAACAAAGUUCACGAUGAGCAUCUCUUCAUUAUUGUUCACCAAACCUAUGAGUUAUGGUUCAAGCAAAUCCUGUUCGAAGUGGAUUCCGUUCGCGACCUUUUCAUGGGAGGAGAGAAGAUCAUGAAGUCGUUGCAAACGAAAACGACCGUAGCUGCGGUUCUGGAUGAGCGUCGAAUGCUGGAGAUCAUCAAGCGAAUGCAUCGCGUGGUUAUGAUUUUGAAACUACUUGUGGAUCAAAUCCACAUUUUGGAGACGAUGACGCCUCUGGAUUUUAUGGAUUUCCGUAACCAUCUCUCUUCAGCUUCUGGAUUUCAAAGUCUUCAAUUUAGGUUGUUGGAGAAUAAGUUGGGUGUGAAAGAUGAAAACCGAGUUCGAUACAACAAGAGCAACUAUCGCAGAGUUUUUGAAGACGCAGAGGCCAUUGAAGCUCUGGAAGCAUCGGAACGUGAACCAACCUUGAGCGAAUGCAUUCAACGGUGGUUGGAGAGAACCCCUGGAUUGGAACAAGAAGGGUUCAAUUUCCCAGCGAAAUUCCAAUCUGCUGUCGAAGCUCUGUUCAAGCAUGAUGAGAUUGCAAUUGAGACAGAGACGAACGACGCCAAAAAGAAGCACUUGAUUGGCAACCUCAAGAUCAAGAAGGAGCAAUUCGAUACGAUCUUCAAUGCCCAGAAACAUGACGCCCUUUUCAAAAGAGGCGAGCGAACCAUGACCCAUCAAGCACUCUUGGGGGUCAUCAUGAUCAAUUUGUACAAGGAGGAGCCAAGGUUCCAUCAACCUUCUUUGCUUUUGGAGGAGCUCAUGAACAUUGAUUCUUUGAUCACCAAAUGGCGAUAUAACCACGUGCUUUUGGUCCAGAGGCAACUUGGAUCUCAAACGCUUGGAACAGGUGGUUCGUCGGGAUAUCAAUAUCUUCGGUCCACUCUGUCUGAUCGUUACAAGAUCUUCUUAGACUUGUUCAAUUCGUCAACCUUCCUCAUCCCAAGGGAGCACAUUCCACCCCUUACGGAUCAAAUGAAGUGCCUCCUUCGAAAUCAAAGCUUCUCUUCUGAUAACUAAGCGAUUACUAGGUUAAAAAUCGUUGAUACUUAGUGCGGAUUCGCGAAUCUUAUGCUACUGGAGGCUUUGAGCUAGAUAGAAACAUGUACAAAUGCAUAAAACUUGCUAAAAAAGGUGUGAGUGCGAUUGAAAGAGAAAAAAAUGAUGGCCGCGACGAUAGGAAAAUGUACAAAGAUACAACUACUAGAUUAAAGGAAUGUGUGCGGAACUAAAAGUGUGUGCAAAUGUAAAAACAUUUUCUUCCCCCUCGGUGGAAAUGAAAAUUUGAAAUGCAAUCCAUGUUUUGAUAAA